AUGACCUCUCCCCAUCCACGCACUGCAUUCAGACCUUGCAUCGACUUGCAUUCAGGCCAGGUCAAACAGAUCGUCGGCGGCUCAUUGAACGACAAAGACGAGUCUCAACUCAAGACCAACUUUGUCUCCAGCUACUACGCCAGCCUCUAUCGAAAGCACAAUCUCACAGGAGCCCAUGUCAUUAAACUCGGUCCUGGGAAUGAUGAUGCCGCGAAGGAGUGUCUCCGCACUUGGCCAGAUGGACUUCAAGUAGGGGGAGGUAUCACUCUCGAUAAUGCCCAGUUCUGGAUUGAUGCCGGAGCUGCCAAGGUCAUUGUGACAUCGUACCUGUUCCCAGGAGCCAAGUUCUCGUUGGAGCGGUUACAAGCCAUCUCCGAGGCGGUAGGCAAGGAUCGCUUGGUGGUCGAUGUCAGCUGCAGGAAACGAGGAACAGAGUGGAUCGUUGCCAUGGACAAGUGGCAGACCAUGACCGAUAUGAAGGUCAACAAGGAGUCUCUCGACAUCUUGACCCAGUACUGUUCAGAGUUCUUGGUCCAUGCUGCCGAUGUCGAAGGCUUGUGCAAGGGCAUCGACGAGGAUCUUGUCAAAGCAUUGGGCGAGUGGACGACUAUUCCUACGACAUACGCUGGAGGUGCGAAUGCAUUGGGCGAUCUGGAGCUUGUUGACAGACUGUCGAGUGGCAAGGUUGACCUGACGUAUGGGAGUGCGUUGGAUGUGUUUGGUGGCAAGACAGUCAAAUUUGACGACUGCGUGGCAUGGAAUCAUGCUCACGCACAAAACACAAACCCAUUCCACCCCGACAACAUGACUCGCUCUGCAACACUCUCGCGCGUCCUCGUCCAGUCAAACGUCCUUCACAUUCUCAUCGCCCAUGCUCUCUCCACUGAAAAGGAGGAAAUCAUGGGUAUGCUCAUGGGCGACUGGAUUACAGAAGGUACCACAGAGAUUGCAAGGGUUGACGGAGUGUCGCUGUUGACACGCUCCGAGAAGCGGAAAGAUCGCGUCGAGAUUGGUCCUGAGCAGCUUACUAUGGCUGCCAUCGAAGCAGAGGAAAUUACAAAGGCGACAGGAAAGACUACACGCGUCAUCGGCUGGUCAUCCACACAUUACGAUCUCAGGACGCAGCUCUCACAGCAACUUAUGGACUCGAGAUUCAUUGGGAUGAUUGUCUCCUGCUUCAACAAGGACAGUGAGCUGUCAAACAAGAUCCAAGUGACAUGCUUCCAAUCUAGACCAGAUGACAGCACAUCAUGCCAACACAUCAAGCUUCCUUUCAGCGUCCUGAACGAGAACCCACUUGAUUCUUUGACACUUCCAAAGCUCUUGGAGAUCCCAGAGCGCAUUUUCGACGAACAGCGCCAAUCCUUUUACAAGUCUAUACCCGUAUCUGCCACAUCUGCCACCACCAACCCAUCGUCUACUGCUGCUGCAAAAGAAAGCGCCAAAGGCAAGAGUGGCCGACUCUUCUCGUUUUCACCUACUAGAGCGUUUUCGUUCUCAUCAUCUUCGUCCAAGGAUCAGGAAGGCGAUACGGUCAUGUCACCAGUAGAUGACCACUCCAGCGACGAACAGGCUACCAACCGGAGCAAAGGCGGUAGGGGCUCAAUGGAUGACAUUCCAGCAGAUGAGCUCAACACCAAGAUGAUCAACCACAGGGCUAUGUCGUUGCCGGACAGGAUGACUUUGAUCCGCAACUCUGGAGUAUAUGUGCAGUCGCUGUCGAGUCUCGUUGACAACUUGGUCGGCCCAACCCUCCAAAUGCUGGUUGACCGUGAACAGUACAACCAGUCCAUGCUGGAAGCACUUCAAGCUCAGAAGCAGGCCUUGGUGCGUCAGCUCAAGUCGCCAAGAUUUGUGAGCGGAGGAAAGGACCUUGUGGACAUUUCAGACGAGUAG